AUGCAACAAUUUCGUACGCCAAUGCGCCCCAAAGCAGCUCGUAAAAUAAUGUUAAGCCCUCUCAAGUUGGAAACAAUAAACUCUGUUUCAUCUCUAUCAGAUGACGGAAAACAAGAUGCAGAUGCUGAAGAAUCCGGCGUAGCAUCAAAUUCUAGUAAAAGUGCAACUACUAAUAAUAAACAACGUAGAUCGAGGACCAAUUUUACCUUAGAGCAACUCAACGAACUGGAACGAUUAUUCGAUGAAACCCAUUACCCAGAUGCCUUCAUGAGGGAAGAAUUGAGCCAGAGGCUAGGACUUAGCGAAGCUAGAGUGCAGGUGUGGUUUCAAAAUAGGCGUGCAAAAUGUAGAAAACAUGAAAGCCAACUUCAUAAAGGAAUUAUGCUGAGUUCGCAUAGCAGUCCGCCGGUUUCCACUCCGUUAGAGCCUUGCAGAGUGGCGCCUUAUGUGAACGUACCUUCUUCUUUGAGAGCAAAUAGUACUUCAUCAGCACCUACGGCAUUUGAUAGACUAAACGCUUCAGGACCCAGAGUUUUUCCACCGCCUUUUACGGCUUUUGAUCCGGCUUUGAUAACUGCUGCACAUCAGUAUGCAGCGGCAGCAGCCGCAAUGUCAGCAGCAGCUGCUGCGGCCGGAAUCUUCUGUCCGCCGCAAUAUCCUCUCGGUCUCGCCGCUUUGGCCGCAGCUCACAGCAAGAACUCCAGUAUCGCAGAUCUGAGGUUAAAAGCGAGGCGCCAUGCGGAAGCGUUGGCGUUGACGGCUAGGGAACAUGCAACGUAA